AUGGAUAUUGAAACACAACAGGAGGAUGAAUGGGAAGUAUUGAAGGCCAUAUAUCCGGAUUUGCUCACGGACAAAACUCCCAGUUCAAGUGCCUGGAAUAAAAAACCCCUGCAUAAAUUUUCAGUUUUACUAAGUUCUGAUCCAUCUGAAGACAAAGUUUGUUCACUCCAACUGAAUGUGGAAUUUACGGCCACUUAUCCACUAUCACCACCAAUUUAUAGUUUUACCAAUGCCCAGAAUAUACUGGCUUCUCAAAUGAACAAAAUUUCUGAUAUAUGUAAAAAAAUCAUAAAAGAUUAUAAAGGACAACCAAUUGUGUUCACGAUGUGUAGUGAGAUAAUAGAAUACUUGGGGGAAAUAAAAGAUCAUAUUAAGAAUGGAUCCCUUGAAGAUGAACGCAAACAACGUAUUCUACAAGAACAGAUUGAACUUGAACGCAAGAAUAAGCAGGAAGAAGAAACUUUAGCCGUCCAAAGAGAGAAGGAGCAAGAAUUAUUAGAUGAAAUGGUAGAUAUGGAAUUGAAGCGGAGAUACAAAGCAUCAACAGAUGACUUUGAAGAUUUUACUGAACAACGAGAAAAUUCUGUGCCCAUGUCAAGUGGCCACUCAAACUCCUAUUAUGCUAAUGACUUGGAGGAUUCAGACCUAGUACCUUCAAAUGAUGAGUUGUUUAGUUUUGUUUUUGAUAAGUCAAUAGAAGCCCAGCUAGGAUGGAUAAGCUUUUCCUUUAAAGCAGUCACGGGUUUUGUUCCUAUUGAACCUAACGGUUUAUUGAAGGAUGUGUCGAAACAAUACAUGGUGAAACCAUACAUAAAAAAGGGAACAGCGGCUUAUGAGCAAAUUGAGAAAAUCAUGAACGACGAAAGUCAGUUGGGAAUAGGAAGAAAAUACGGUAGGAAUAAAAGAGGCUACGAGAAAGAUCUACAGUAUCUUCUGACGGAAGUUGAGUUGAACAAUUCGUUCUGGCGAACAGGCCAAGGUAAAAAAUGGAUUUUAGCGUUGGAGAAAGAACUGAAUGCAGUUUCAGCUUUGAGACAAGAUGAUGUGAUUGCUUUCCAUAUACAGAAAAAGGAGAUUUCAAGUAAUGGUACUGAAUCUCUGGAAAAUUCGGCCGCUAAGAAAAUAACCAAAAAGCAUGGUCCGGAACGAGAAAAGUGUACCGUUUGGACCGUUAGAAUCUUGUCCAAAUACUCAGAGACAUUGGGUGAUUUGCUCCAGUCCAUAACCUAUGUUAACAUUAAUACGGCAAGAGAAUGGACCAUUCAAUUAUUAGAACACUUGGAAAACUUGCACAAACAGGGUUUUAUCCACAGAUGUAUAACUCUAGAUUCCAUAUCGAUCAAUUCGCCAAACUCCACCGAAACGCCAAGAGCAAACUUUUCAAGUAUAGCAUACGGGUAUACGCUACUUGAUAUGCUUUACAAUUAUCCAAAUGUUAUUCCGCAUUGCGAAACUUUACCGUUCACCACAAGCGGAUGGAUUGCACCUGAAAGGAAAAGUCCCAAGAACCCUGCUGUGUUUCUUAAACCUCAAAGAAAAACGGAUGUUUGGGAUUUAGGGGUAGUUGUUUUACAAAUGAUAGUUGGUACUGACGUAGUAUACGAAUUUGAAGAUCCUGAAAACUUUUUGAGGGAAUGUUCUCAGCUGGACGACUCAUUCUAUGAGUUCUUACGUGCAAUUUUUGAAUUCAAGACUAAAAAAAGGCCAGAUCCUUUAGAGUUAAUACCCAUGAAAUUUUUGAGACUGUCAUCAAAUGCUUCCCCGUUGGAAGCUCUUUUCACUCGAUCUGAUAACACUCUCCUAAGAGAUACCAGUACAGGAAAUGAAUUAUCAAAUAGCAGUCCAGAUUCACAUGCAUUAUUGGCCACUCCAGUAAACAGGCGCCUGAAACGUGAGUCCUUUGGAAUGUCUGCCUUUCAGCCUAAAUUUUACUCCAGAUAUGCACAAGAUUUUGAAGAGGUUGGGGUUUUAGGAAGGGGUGGUUUUGGUGAAGUUGUCAAGGCAAGAAAUAGAUUAGAUGGUAGGUUAUAUGCCAUUAAGAAAAUCAGACACACUGAGGACAAAUUGGCGAAGAUUUUGAAUGAAGUGAUGUUAUUGGCAAGGUUGAACCAUCAAUAUGUAGUGAGAUAUUUUGCUGCGUGGUUGGAGGAUGAUCAUGGGGAGGAUAAAAGAUCGAAUGCCAUUAUCUCUUCGAGCGACGAAUAUGAUUCCGAGGAAGAAAGUGAAAGUCAGGAUCUUUCCUUCACUGGAAGGACGCUGAGUGAUACCAGAACAAACAGCCAAGGCUUCAGUGAUUUUAUUUCUGGAAGUUACAACCAGUCACUUGAGUUUAACUUCAGUCGAAGUGAAGAAGAAGAGAGCGGUAGUGACCAUUCUGUAAGUUAUGACUGCGAUAUCAACGAUGGAUAUAACGGUCAUAGAAACGAACAUGAAGAUGGAUGCAAUGAUGACGGAGAUGAUGAUGUUUUUUACUUUGGUACUCCGGAUUCAAGUGAAGCUAAACCAAAGGGCCUGUUGAAAGUGUCUAAACCCAAAAUCAAAAAGAAAUCCGUCUUAUUCAUCCAAAUGGAAUACUGUGAAAAUAGAACUCUUGAUGAUUUGAUUAGACAAGGGUUACCAAAUGAGCCUGAUAAUUAUUGGAGGCUCUUGAGGCAAAUUUUGGAAGGUUUAAUGCAUAUCCAUGCACAGGGGAUUAUUCAUAGAGACUUGAAGCCAGUCAAUAUUUUUAUUGAUGAAAAUCAGAAUGUUAAAAUUGGUGACUUUGGUUUAGCUAAAAAUGUCCAUAAUACGUCUUCUGUAAAUUCGUCACCCUCAAAAUUAGAUCUGAACAGAUCCGAAGAGUUGACAUCUGAGGUUGGUACGGAACUCUAUGUUGCAGUUGAAAUAAAAAACGGUAAUGGUACUUACAACGAGAAAGUUGAUAUGUACUCACUUGGUAUUAUAUUUUUUGAAAUGAUAUAUCCUUUUAAGACCACAAUGCAAAGAAUCACUACAAUCAAUCACCUAAAACUACCAGCCAUUGUUUUUCCAGAGGAUUUUGACUCUGCCAGACUUUCUACAGAAAAAAAAAUAAUUAAACUGCUACUUGUUCACAAUCCAGAUUUGAGACCAUCGGCGGAAAAGCUGCUAAGUAGUGGCUUAAUUACUGUGGAACAACAAGAUGAUUUAAUGAAAGAGGCCCUAAAUGCACUAGUGGAUCCGUCUUCUUCGUGGAAUCACCAAGCUAGAAAUAUACUAUUUACCCAGCCUUACAAUUUUGCCAAAGAUUCUCUAUUCAAAGAUGGGACAGUACUUCCAAGUACAAAAGAUGUACUACUUCAAGACAAACUUACACAAGAACUAGAAAAGAUUUUUAAAAAGCAUGGUGCCGUGAAUCUUAACGAUACAAGUGGCAAGAUAUUCCCCAAAAAUCCUAUGUAUGACUCUAAUUAUGCGUUAUAUCAAGUUUUAGACAGGUCUGGCACAGUCUUGCAAUUACCGUAUGAUUUAACCUUACCUUUUGCCAGAAUGCUGGGUGAAGAAGAAAAAACAAAAACUCCUAAAGUCUACAGAAUUGAUUGUGUGUACAGGUCAAAUGUGAAAGAUGAAAGCGCAGGUCCAUUGAAAUUCAGAGAAAUAGAUUUUGACAUAGUCACAAAUCCAAACGAUCCUACGGAAUAUUUGCCUUUAUACGAUGCAGAAUGUGUUCUAGUUGGCAGUGAAAUUGUUGACAUUUUCCCAUUUUUGAAAGCAAGUAACGUCAAGAUAAUCUUGAAUCAUUGCGGUUUAUUGGAAACAGUAUUGGAACACUGCGGUAUAGAUAGUGCGCAAGUGUUUAUUGUGGCACGUUUGCUAGCAGAGAUUGGAUUUACGAAGAAAAUGGAUGAAGUAAAGCACAUUCUAAAACAAGAGCUAAAUAUAUCAAAUACAGUUCUGAAUGAGUUAGACCAAUUUAAUUUUUCAAUGAAUCUAGCCAACUGUUCUAUCAAGUUACACAAGUUAAUGUUGGACAGUCCCUUGCUAACUCGUGUUGAUACUGCACUGAAUUAUCUCAAGAAAGUAAUAACAUAUCUUGAAAUGUUUGGUGUUAACCUCAGUAUCGAAAUCAGUCCAUUUAGUGGAUAUAACGCCCAUUUUUACAAGAGUGGUAUUAUGUUUGCUAUUGUCCACGAUGACAAAUUCAAAUCAAUUAUUGGUGCAGGUGGUCGAUAUGGCGGCUUAGUCCAAACAUUAGCUAGACGUAAAUCGCCCAAGUCUUUACCAAAUGCUGUUGGAAUAAGAGUUGCAUGGGAUUUCCUUUUCAACACCACAAAGGGUUAUCUGGAGAUGUUUGAGCAAGAAAAAUCAUUGAAAGGUGGCAGGUUCAAGAAACCUAAUUUUAAGACUAAAAUUGAUUGGAAAGUUCCAAGAUGUGAUAUUUUACUUGGGGUGUUUACUAGCACGUUGUUGAAAGAGGUUGUUCCCUUCAUAUUGAGUAAGUUGUGGGAUCUAGGGUUUAGCGCUGAUGUUGUCAAAAAACAAAAUGCAGAAGAUAUGAUGAUCGAAGCUAGAGAAAGCAAUGUUAGGUUUGUUUUGUUUGUAAAAGCUCAAGCAGAUUUAAAGUGUCUUCAGACGAAGAAGCCCAGUAGGUAUAAACCACUACGGUUGCGGAACUUGGAGAGGAAAGUUGAUAUUGAACUUGAUUUGUUCGAGUUAGAGCAUUUUCUCAGAAGUGAAUCUGUAGGUAGUACUGAGAACAACGCAGAAUCUUCGCCCAGUACAUGCCUAUCAGCAAAUGUCACCCUGCAACCACACAUUAAUACUCUAGAGGAAAACCAUAAAAUCAUUGUUGUUCCGAAUUUUGCUACAAAUGCAAAGAAGAAUAACAAAAAGGAGAAAUGGGCUCUUGAGGCCACAUACAAACAGGCUGCUUCUGAUUUAAUGGACCAAAUGUCCAACGCCCCUGUUUUUGUCAUUGAUGCCAAGGAAGACGUACUUGACAUGAUUGCCAUCACAUCCGUGCAACAAGCAGAUGAAUGGAAGAGAAGAGUUGGUGGUGUUGCUAGGGAUAUGGCUAGAAGUUAUGUUGCCAACAUAUACAAUGCCUUGUCGAAAGAGUCUGCAAAGGGCGUCAAAUGGGCCAUUGUUUCCGGUGGGAGUAAGUGCGAUAAAGUAUGUGUUGUGGAUCUACAGAGGUAG